UCAAGUGUCGUUGCUAUGGUGACAGCUUAUAACGUUUCAACACCGAUCUUAAGUCUAGUGAACAUUUUUACACCCGCUUUUAAAAUCGUGCGCUGUUGGCACUAACGAACACCUGUGGAUUUUCCGAAUGGAACCGAUUCUGUCCGAACUUUGAACGCGCCCUCCCACAGCGCGCCUCCCUCCUCUCCCCAGUCGUGGUGCAAGCAGCCAUGUUUGCUUGCUCUUGUUCCGGUAUCGGUAGAUCGUGCGCAUAGGCUGCAUUCGGGCGCAGCUCUGCCUCACUCGCCCGUUGACACGCACUCCCAGUCCACCGAGGAAUCGAAAAAGCCCUGUUGCCAAGAAUGGAUUGUAGAACUUAAAUCGUUUAUACGCCCCACGGAAAUCAACCGGGCACUGGUAAAACGCCGGGAAUUUUUACCAACACACUGCAGCAGUGCAGCAGUUGAACGACCUUAUUCAAAUCACGCAAUCGGGAAGACGGUGAUUUCCGUGGAUUUGGAGUUUGGUGGAUUUUUGCUGGCCAGUAACGUUAGCUAGCAAACGUGAUCUGCCGUUUGCAGACGCAUAGAAAUGAACCCGUUUUAACUGAAAAACAAAGGCGGAAUGUUCAACUGGUUAUGUCGGUAGGAAUAGAGUGGGGACACUAUUAUGACAUUCUUCUAACCGAGACUGGAUGACCAACCGGAAAGAUUUGGAUUUUCUCUACAACCGCAAACUAAGGUCGACACCGGGGCCACUUGGCCUGAAGUUUUGAAGUCCUCGGACUUGAUUUUUAGCUCUUGGAAUAGACACUGAUAGCGCCAGCGGGUUUUUUUGACAGCUGAGGUUGUCGCACUUGCUAGCCAAGUGGUUAGCAUUCAAUUUGGACUUUGACUCCACUUAAACGUAUAGCUCAUCAGAUUUUUUAGGGACUUUUAUUAGCUUGCUAGCUAGUAACGCUCCUUAUCAGUUAAGCUUGGCAGCGUUCGCCUUCCUAGGAUUGGAAAACGGAAUUACACUUGUCAACCACCAACUCUCGGUUUGAACGUUUCUUUCAGUUUCGGGAAAUUACUCUUUUCUCGUCGCUAUGGGAGGUGUACCUGCAGCUAGCUAGCUGACUAACUUAGCAAACCGCUGGCUAAUGAGGGAAUCAACUUGUUGAACACACGGAGCGAGUCGUGUGGCUUGCUGGCUGGCUAGCUAUCUGGCCAGCAAAGGAACAACUUUUUCCUCCAAGUUGUGAAUAUUUGGGGUCCCUCGCUAUCUCAGAAGCUGGCUAGAUGAACAUAGUAGCCUGAACUUUUUUUAUUCGUCUCUCCCAGACCCCCGGUUUUUCUAAAUCCUUGAAGAUGUCGACCAGAGCGCCAUUGCUGGCUGUCAUUGAAAAUUCGUCUAGCCAGCCGGACUCCAAGUCCGGGAGCCGUCCCAGCAUGCCGCGGUGUCGGAACUCGGUUGCCACGACGGCGGAGGAGACGCCUCACAUCGGUAACUACCGGUUACUGAAGACCAUCGGGAAGGGCAACUUCGCCAAGGUCAAACUGGCACGACACGUCCUCACAGGGAAGGAGGUGGCUGUGAAGAUUAUUGAUAAGACCCAACUCAACUCUUCUAGUCUACAAAAGGUGACUUUUCGGGAAGUGAGAAUCAUGAAGCUGUUGAAUCAUCCAAAUAUAGUCAAGCUGUUUGAGGUGAUUGAGACAGAGAAGACGCUGUACCUGGUGAUGGAGUACGCCAGUGGAGGUGAGGUGUUUGAUUACCUUGUGGCUCACGGCAGGAUGAAAGAGAAGGAGGCACGCGCCAAGUUCAGACAGAUUGUGUCUGCAGUGCAGUACUGUCACCAAAAGAACAUAGUACACCGAGACUUGAAGGCUGAGAACCUGCUCCUGGAUGCAGAUAUGAACAUCAAGAUAGCAGACUUUGGCUUCAGUAAUGAGUUCACCCUGGGCAGCAAGCUGGACACCUUCUGUGGCUCCCCGCCCUACGCCGCCCCGGAGCUCUUCCAG